AUGAAGGCGUCUCAGAGCCGACAAAAAUCAUAUGCUGAUCGGAGGCGGAAACCAUUAGAGUUUGCAGCUGGGGAUCAUGUGUUCCUCCGAGUGACUCCGACUACUGGUGUAGGAAGAGUCAUUCGUGCUAGAAAAUUAUCUCCUAGGUACCUUGGUCCUUACCAGAUUCUGAAGUGUAUAGGAUCGGUUGCCUAUGAAGUAGUCAUGCCGCCUCAGCUUGCUAAUCUUCAUCCAGUAUUCCACUUUUCUCAACUCAGAAAGUAUGUGUCGGACUCUUCACAUGUAUUGGAGGCUGAAGAUGUCCAAGUUAAGGAAGACUUGUCAGUGGAGGUGCAACCGGUUAGAGUUGAGGAAAGCCAAACCAAACAGCCUAGGGGGAAGACUGUCAAACUCGUCAAGGUAGUUUGGGAUGCUAGGACAGGCGACUUUACCUGGGAGCUAGAGGACAAGAUGAAGGAAUCUUAUCCCCACCUAUUCGCUGGUAAGUCUAAUUUUCGGGGAUGA